AUGGAGCCCAUGAGCAGGAGUAUGUCGAUACAGGCGCUCUGUAACCCCACGGAUGAUUCUUCUGAGAACCCAGCACAGCCAGCUUCGAUCACUGGCAGCUCACAGAUUCAUCAGUCAGACAGAUCAGCAGGGCUCUCUUCAGCGCUCUUAGAUCGACAGCUGAGUAGCUCAACCUCGGGAUCGAGACCCAACUCUGCUUCUUCUUCCUCCUUCGCCGCCUCGCCGAUUGCUACAACGCAAGCAAAAACGGUCGAUGAUGAAGAGGACACGCGGGUCCUCAUGGCCAUAACCGCGCUGGGCAAAAUGCGCACGGGCUCUUUCUCCAGUGCUCCUGCCACGCAACCUCCCGCUAGUCUACGACCCUACCUUGACACCAACGGCGCGCAAUCCGAAGCUUACGCUUCAAACCAGCGCGGCAACCCGGUCAAAGCAUUUUCACAAGACGAUUCUGUGUCUUCAUCUUCACAAACGACAUUGGACAGCGAAACAGGCUUGACGACAUCUGCACAAUCUCUUUUGUCCUACUCGGCCGAUGGCGCACAGAGGAGUAGCAUGGCAACUCCGAGCAGUGCUGCUACCGAGGCCUCUUCGAUCGCAUCAUCCGUCAUGGCGGACGAAGACGCCAUCUACAUGAGCAAAGAUGGCAUGUCGGUCGAAGGAGGGAAGCUACGACGGUAUCCUGAUGAGCACGACGAGCACGGAGGCGACGAGACACUGGACGAAGGCGAUGCGCGUUUUUUGGAUCGCAUGUCUCAAUUUCCCAUCGUGUCGGGCGCACUUAAAGCCUACGAAAGGGGCCGUAACUCAAGUCGGGUAGUCAAAUACGGUGCCGACCUUGUCGAGUCGUCUGUAAAGACCAUUUCUCGGCCAGUAAUAGGCCGAGUCGUUGGGCCUGAGCUCGCCGGGCAAAUAGAUGAUUUUGCGUGUCGACAGCUAGAUCGAUUUGGGAAAGCGCGUCCGCCGAACGAUCAGGCCAGCCCGACGGAAGAAGGAGAGUCGAGCAGAACACCCAUCGCAAGUCAAACUAAUCUGCUUGCUAUGUCAACAAGUGCGCCACAAGGCUUUGACGAGCAUCAUUCUGGCAGGCUCAGAGCGGGCGAAAGCAGUUCAGCAGCAGCACACCGGUACGUCGCGCCGGAUGAAGGGAUCUUCAAGGUACCUCAAACGCCGCUUGCGACCGCAUCGCGCAACAGUGCACCGGUCUCCGUCAGCGACAACGGCAAGCGCAAGGCCAUCAGUCAAAGCCUAGACUCGCCUGAUGAGUCGAUGACGGCCGAUAGCUCUGUGGCUCUGCAUAGCAGUGGUUCGAGGAGCCGAUGGCAGGCUAUGCUUGUCGAGGCAGGUGUCACAGCCGGCGGUAUCAGCGCGGCUGUCAGCGAGGAAAGUAUGAAGAGCCUCAAGUACUGCCUACAAUGGCUUCAGUAUGCCACUGCCCACCUUGAUCAUCAGAUCGGCGUUCUCCGCGACUUUAUCGCCGCCCUGAAUGCAGAUGCUGCAGAAGGCACUAUGAUCACGGCGCAUUCCGCAGCCACGCUGUCGAACAUCAAGCGCGAUGUCGUUGAGACUAUCCGACGGGUCGUUGACGUCGUCUCGAAGUAUGCUGGCGCUGCUUUGCCAGAGCAUGCGAAGCGGUUCGUGAGACAGUCGAUCCUCAGUCUACCUGUCAAAUGGGCAGCAGCAAUACAGCAACCAGCUGCCAAUCGACAACGACCAUCCGGUCUCGGAUCUCGCAGCCCGACACCUGGUUCCCCGAUGUCAGCGGCCAGUCCACGCAUGGGCGCGUCCCCUCAGAUGUUCGGCUCAAGUCCUGCCUCGCCCUCUUUCUCGCCAUCGCACGCUAGCGGUGGCUACUUUGCCCAGCGCCGUUCGAUGCUCGCUAGCUCGGCAGGAUCACCAUCACAAAGCAUGAGCAGAAGCGCCUCGUCCGAUCGUGGCGCCUCCAGUCGGACCAAUACGGAGGAGGCAGCAGAGAGAGUGCUGACAUUCGCCGUCGAGUCUCUUGACAUGCUCCGUGGCGUUAUGAUCAUCUUCGGCGAGUCUGUCGAUCGUGCUGAAGCUUGGGUCGAGCGUCUACGGCUUGUCGGACUUGCUCAACAGCGUAAGCGGCAAGCGAUGGAGGACAACGUCGACGAGUUCGAACUGUCGAACGCGAGUGCAGGUCAUGCAAGUGCCUCACCGGAAGACUCGACGUAUGUGCAAUCAACGAGCACAGCUCUGCUUGGAUCAUCUAGCAGCACAAAGCGCCGCAGAGUACCAUCCACGGCAGAUCAAUCGCAAAUGCCGAUCGCAGAUGGCUUUGUCACUUCCCCCAAGCUGACGAGCACGCCCACUGCCGCUUUUGCCCGCAGUGAUCUCAGCGCGCGGCAAAGGCGAUCGGCGGUCCGGUCGACGGGCGACGAUGACUGCGAUGCGCUUUCGGCGCCUGCAUCACGACCUACAAUGCAAGUUGACCAGUAA